CCGGACUUCGACGAGUAACAACAUCUUUGAAGAAAAACGGACGCAGAGCGAGAAGAAAUCAAGGGAGAAAAUGUCUACCUUUUGUAUAUUAUUCUCAGUUCUCUUGAUGUUGCAAGUUAGCCGAGCUUGCGAUGGUAACAAUGAGGAAGAUCAAUUAGGAUCAGCCCGACAGCAAUCGGACGAUUACUACGCAAACGCCUAUGGAUUCAGCCCCGAGAGUUGGAAUGCUCUUUAUUAUCAAUCAUCAGGCGUACCCAUCACAGAAUAUCCUGGCCAGUAUGAAGGACGGACUACUCUCAGCAGCGGUCAGCCGAUCAGCGUCAACCCGUUUGCCAAAUACUUCGCUAACAGUAAUACGGGCGAAGAGGUGAAUCCAGCGGAAGGCCGUUUCGCGUUUGGAAAUUUAGGAACCAAUUUGAUCAACACGGGCAUCUUCAAUAAUCGCUUCACGCCGGCAAACACUUUCAGGCCCUUUCAAAAUUUUGGCAACAGAGUUCCGCUCAUUGUGAAUCCAAAUUUCAACAACCCCAUUAGCGGUUUCGACGAUUGUACUUCACCAAGCGGCGAUUCUGGAAUCUGCGUUCCAGGAAAAGUCUGUUCACUGUUUGGCGGCCGACCCAGCGGUUCUUGUGUCCUCGGCAAAGUUUGUUGUAUAAAUGCUAUCACCACUUGUGGAGGAACAGUCACCUUGAACAAUACUUUCUGGCAAUCGCCGACUACGAGCGUUAGCGUCCCGUCCACCUGUGCCCUGACUGUCCGAAUGAAUAGCAAGCUAGCGGAACAAUUAAAGAAGCCAAUUUGCCAAAUUCGUUUGGACUUUGUUUCAUUUACCACUGCCCAGCCAACAGCUGGAACAUGCACAGAUACAUUUACGGUUGGCGGAGCAAAAUCCGUGGUGCCCACCAUUUGCGGUGACAACACUGGACAGCACAUGUACAUCAACGUGCCGUCAUCAGGAAUUACCCCUACCGAUGUUCAGCUUAUGUUCAAUUUUCCUACUGGAACAGCCACUCGCGCUUGGAACAUUAAAAUAGCAAUGCUUCCAUGCGGUGCCUCCUACCUCGCUCCGACUGGCUGUCUCCAAUACCACACCACUGCCACCGGAAGAGUCAGAUCAUUCAAUUGGCAGGAUGUGGCGGGCGCACGUCAACUUAAUAAUCAGAACUACGACAUUUGUUUCCGGACUGAACUCGUUGCAGCUCAGCGAGCAACACAGAUGUGCUUGUCGGUUUGUGCGGUCACAAAUGCCGGUGACCCCUUCUCCAUUACAACUCCAGCAGCUGUGUUAGUUGGAAAUGCCAAUAAUGCUGCGAUUUCGACUGUUGCAGCCGAUGUGACUGCCGCCGGUGCAAACUCUAACGUGGGUACAACCGCUCGUAAUACUGCUGGCGAUACCCUUGUUGCCACCUGCUUGUACGAUUUCCUUCUCAUCGCCGGUGCUCGAGAUGUCAAUGGAGUUGAGGCUGAUCGUUAUUGUGGAAACCAAUUGAAUCCAGCAGUGGGCACUCCUCAACUUCCAGGCGCAACCACCAGUGUUGUAGUUUGCACUCCACUGACGCCAUUUAGAAUGACUUACCGAACAGACGGCACUGAAGCAGCGAUAUCAACCAUAAAUGCGCCAACCGUUCCAGCUUUCGCCGGAGCUGAUACAACCAACACUGGAUUCUGUCUUGACUAUCAAGAGCGAUAAAAUUACUGACAUUCAAUAAGUAUUAUUUACCGAAUUACCAAGUGUAUUUGAAGUUCAUUUUGUUUCGCAUUAUGCAGGUGGUGGGUUUCUUUACCCGUUUCUGUAAUUCCGGCGUUUCUUUCGGUUAGUGUUAUUAGUUGUCAAUUAAGCAAUGCUUUGUGUAACUCCCCUGAUGUGAUUUGCCUUUGACCUGUUCGGUUACGGUGAUGAAUAUCCGCCUCUUGAUUGAAUAUUUAUUUGUAAGCACCACUGGAAGUUAUCCUACCAGGCUUUUAAUUUUGUUUUGAAAUAAACAUGACUGAACCAUUCUUGGGUAUCAAAAUAAACAGCAAACUGUAA